AUGUUGACCUAUGAGCAUCUCAAAAAUAAGAGGAUGAACCGAUACUUGAAGAAGCAAAAGAUGAAAAACUUGCCUGUGGAUAUCGCCCUCGAUGAGGAUUUUCGUCGCGUUUGGGAAAUCGCGGAAACGUUUCAACUCCGAAACUCUGACCUAUUUGAGGAGAAAAUCAAUGAUACUGAGCUUAGAAAAUUCAUCGGAAAGUCACAACGAAAUCUCGGUAGAUCAGUCAUCCUCAUGGUAGAAUUCUUCGGUCGAGUUCCAAAUGCAAAAAACGCCAGAAAUUUUCAACAACUGAUUGAAACCGUUCGCCAAAUCCUUCCUCCGAUUCCAGAAAACCCUGCUCAAGAAGAAAACGCUCCCGUAGUCGAAAAUGAUCCCGUAGUAGAAAACGCUCCCGUAGUCGAAAGAGAUCUCGAAGCAGAAACCGUUCCCGAAGGCGAAAACGCUCCCGUAGUCGAAAGAGAUCUCGUAGCAGAAAGCGUUCCCGAAGCCGCCAGCGUUCCCGAAGGCGAAAACACUCCCGUUGUCGAAAGAGAUCUCGUAGCAGAAAGCGUUCCCGAAGCCGCCAGCGUUCGCGAAGGCGAAAAUGAAGACGAAGAUGCUCUCGACUUUACGUCUGCUCCCGAUAUUUUCAAUUCAACCUUGCUAACCGCUGGAAACACGCCAAUCUUUCUCCCGGACAUGACUUUUCUUGAUUCUCGCAUCCAUCCUUCUCCCUCCGGAUGGAGCGUUACUGUCGACUGGGAUCCCGAAAGGGUAAAAACCCUGUGCCGCGAGCUCCUUGCAUACCCGAGAUUUCAAAGAAGGGUCACUAAAUUGGAGCAGCCGCGUAACUUGCAGAGCGAGCUUGAAUCAAAACCUCUUGAUGCGAACUACGAUGUUGGCCGUUGUGGCUUGCUUUUUGACUUGAGCCUCUCGCGAGGAGAGCGAAUUGGAGAUCCGCGAGUAAUUAUAAAACUCACAAAAUCAUUCAUCAUUUUCACAUGUCAUUUUCACGUCCAAACUUUUUUGGUUUUGCAUUUGAAGCGAAUGAUUUGA